AGUCACGUGUGCCACUCUUGACCAGGACUGAAGCACUGGGCAGCAGAAGUUCUGCUAGCACCUCCACACAGGCACCUUGGACAAGUGGAGUCUGGUCACUGAGCUGGUGUCCUCCAUUAACCCACGGACGGGAUUUUGAGUUCAAGACCCAAAGCGCAAGGCGCGUAACUUCUAAUAUAAAGCGUUAGAGGGAUAAGUGUUAAAGAUGACGACUAUGAUUGAGACGCAGGUGCAGUAUAACAACACCUACAUGAUGUCAUCUACGGAAGCCUACAUGACUCAAGAGGACGACUGGGACAGGGAUCUUCUGCUGGACCCUGCGUGGGAGAAACAGCAGAGGAAGACAUUCACGGCAUGGUGCAACUCUCAUUUGCGUAAAGCGGGAACCCAGAUCGAGAAUAUUGAAGAGGAUUUCAGAAAUGGCCUUAAACUUAUGCUGCUGCUUGAGGUCAUCUCAGGUGAGAGGCUGCCCAAGCCCGACAAAGGAAAGAUGCGUUUCCACAAGAUUGCCAAUGUCAACAAGGCUCUAGAUUUCAUCUGCAGUAAAGGAGUCAAACUGGUGUCCAUUGGUGCUGAAGAGAUUGUUGAUGGCAAUGUGAAAAUGACUCUUGGAAUGAUCUGGACCAUCAUUCUCCGUUUUGCUAUUCAGGACAUUUCUGUGGAAGAGACUUCUGCUAAAGAGGGUCUGUUGCUGUGGUGUCAGAGGAAGACCGCCCCCUACAGGAACGUUAAUGUACAGAACUUCCACAUCAGCUGGAAGGAUGGCCUUGCUCUGUGUGCCCUCAUCCACAGACACAGACCAGACCUUAUCGACUACUCUAAACUCAGAAAGGACGACCCUAUUGGAAACCUGAACACUGCCUUUGAGGUGGCAGAGAAGUACCUGGACAUCCCUAAAAUGCUUGACGCUGAAGACAUUGUUAACACCCCCAAGCCUGAUGAGAAGGCCAUCAUGACUUACGUGUCCUGCUUUUAUCAUGCUUUCGCUGGUGCUGAACAGGCUGAAACUGCUGCUAACAGAAUCUGUAAAGUUCUGGCCGUGAACCAGGAGAAUGAAAGACUAAUGGAGGAGUAUGAGAAGCUGGCCAGUGAGUUGUUGGAAUGGAUCCGUCGGACCAUCCCAUGGCUGGAAAACCGCGUGGCGGAGCAGACCAUGCGUGCCAUGCAGCAGAAGCUGGAGGAUUUCCGGGACUACAGACGCGUUCACAAGCCUCCUCGUGUUCAAGAGAAAUGCCAGCUGGAGAUCAACUUCAACACCCUGCAGACCAAACUGCGUCUGAGCAACCGUCCCGCCUUCAUGCCCUCUGAGGGGAAGAUGGUAUCGGACAUUGCGAAUGCAUGGAAAGGUCUUGAGCAAGUAGAGAAGGGUUACGAGGAAUGGCUGCUCACUGAAAUCCGUCGUCUGGAGAGACUUGAUCAUCUGGCUGAGAAGUUCAAGCAGAAAUGUAACAUGCAUGAGUCUUGGACCUCAGGAAAGGAGCACCUGCUGUCUCAGAAGGACUAUGAGACGGCCUCUCUAAUGGAGAUCAGGGCUCUGAUGAGAAAGCAUGAAGCUUUCGAGAGUGACCUGGCCGCCCACCAGGACAGAGUUGAGCAGAUUGCAGCUAUCGCACAAGAGCUUAAUGAAUUAGACUACCAUGAUGCUGCUACAGUGAACUCCCGCUGCCAAGGGAUCUGUGACCAGUGGGACAACUUGGGAACUCUUACCCAGAAGAGAAGAGAUGCUCUUGAGCGUGUAGAGAAGCUUUGGGAGACUAUUGAUCAGCUAUACCUCGAGUUUGCCAAGAGGGCGGCGCCCUUUAACAACUGGAUGGAUGGAGCUAUGGAGGAUCUGCAGGACAUGUUUAUUGUACACAGUAUUGAGGAAAUUCAGAGUUUGAUCACAGCUCAUGAUCAGUUCAAGGCCACCCUACCAGAAGCUGACAAGGAGCGUAUGGCCAUCAUGGGCAUCCAGAAUGAGAUCACGAAGAUUGCUCAGACCUACGGCAUCAAGCUGGUUGGAGUCAAUCCAUACACAGUCCUCAGCCCACAGGACAUCACAAACAAAUGGGAAGCAGUGAAGCAGCUGGUUCCCUUGAGAGACCAGAUGCUGCAGGAGGAGGUUGCCAGGCAACAGGCCAAUGAGAGGCUGAGGCGAUCAUUUGCUGCUCAGGCCAACAUCAUCGGACCCUGGAUUCAAACUAAGAUGGAGGAGAUCGGCCAUGUGUCUGUGGACAUUACCGGCUCUCUGGAGGAACAGAUGAAUAACCUAAAGCAAUAUGAGCAGAACAUUAUUAACUACAAGUCUAAUAUUGACAAACUGGAGGGAGACCACCAGCUUAUCCAGGAGGCGCUGAUCUUUGACAACAAACACACUAACUACACUAUGGAGCACAUCCGCGUGGGCUGGGAGCAACUGCUCACCACCAUCGCACGUACCAUCAACGAGAUAGAGAACCAAAUCCUGACCCGUGACGCCAAAGGCAUCAGCCAGGAGCAGCUCAACGAGUUCAGAGCCUCUUUCAACCACUUUGACAGGAAGAGAAACGGCAUGAUGGACCCAGACGAUUUCCGUGCAUGUCUUAUCUCUAUGGGUUACGAUCUGGGUGAGGUGGAGUUUGCCCGCAUCAUGACCCUGGUGGACCCCAACAACACCGGCGUGGUCACCUUCCAGGCCUUCAUUGACUUCAUGACACGCGAGACAGCUGAAACAGACACUGCUGAACAGGUCAUGGCUUCCUUCAAGAUCCUGGCCUCUGAUAAGUCAUACAUCACCGUGGAUGAGCUUCGUCGUGAACUCCCACCCGAGCAGGCCGAGUAUUGCAUCACCCGCAUGACCAAGUACGUUGGCGCCGAUGGGGUCCCCGGAGCCUUGGAUUACAUCUCCUUCUCCAGCGCCCUCUACGGAGAGAGCGAUUUAUAAAUACCUUCAAUGGUUACAUUUUACUCUUUAUUCUCUCCUCUUUCUUUUUUCCCCACCUCGUUUUCUUUUUGCCCCCAAAUUUUGCUUUUAAUCAGAGAGAGUCAGUUAAAAAUAUUCUAAUAUUUUUCUCUAAGUUUUCCCUUUAAUAUCUCAUAAAUCCCUGUCUAUAUUUCUAUGCAUUUACAUUUCUAUACCCACAAAAGCUUUUGUCCUCUUUUAAGUUAAAACAUGUCUUACGCCUGUUCUGUGAAUAAAGGGAAGUGUAACAAAAGCAUAUCACACCCACUUUCAUAACAGAUUUGGUGUUUUCCCAUUCAUUUUCUUCAUAAACAUUCUUUAGGAAUCUUUAUAAAUAGCCAAACAAAAAAAGGUGUGUGAAAAUGUACAACAUAAGGGAAUUAACUACAAUCCAACGUAAAACAUUUUACUUAUUACGGACAUUUUAGUUUUCCAACGCACAUGGACAGACUUAAACCUUAAAGUUUGUGGUAAGAUUAAAAUAAAGAAAACGAAUGAAGAAAACGAAUGGGAACCUGAUUAUAUCAUUAUAUUGUCUCAAUGUUAGAUACAGUAGCUGUGUUUGCAAAAGCCAUACAUGCAUUCUACGCAAGUAAAAAUGCCAAAAGCACAACAUCCCCUUUUCACCCCUUCCCUCGUGCCUUAAAAACUUUGUCAAACGUCAUUAAAUAUAUACUAAAAAGUGAAUUUGUUGAUGCUGAGGAACGUUUGUGAAGAUGCAUGCUGUGUGUAUAAUACAGACAUUUAUACGUCUGUACUGUAUUUUAAGACCCCAAAAAGCACUACUGCUGUCCAGUGUCUUCUUAAUAUGAAACUGUGAGAAUAACUGAUUAAGUCUCUACACAGAAUGUUCUGUCAACCUGUCCAAUGUUUGUGACGUAAUCUGUAUGUGUCAUCAUCAUACCUAACCCCUUAAUAUUGUUUAUUUAUGUAUGUCUUCCCUUAAUGUGGUGUUCAAACUCAUUAUUUCUCUUCUGUUUGGAGAAUUGUGCCAAAAUUAUCAACCGAAGCCAGUAGGAACCUUUAUAAUAUUGUGGCAAAGGGAACGUUUUUAAUUCUGACAGGAAAGGUUUGUGCUAGCCCAAUAGAUGAAUGAGAACAUGAGAACAAGCUUUGCCUUCAAAUCCCUGUCAACUGGAAUGAUAUUUCUGAAGUGCAUUAGUGAAAGCCGGGGACAUACAAGAUGAAUUCAUUACAUAAAAGCCUGGAUGUCCCUGUAGUGAACCAACCCUCUCUCUCUCUCUCUCUCUCUCGGACACUAGAUCGUACUGAUUUUAAGACUCUUAUUAUCUACACGAACCUGUACUUUAAAAGGAUUAGUUCAUCCAAAAAUCCGUCAUCAUUCGCUCGACCUCAUGUCUUCCCAAAUCUGCGUGAAUUUCUUUUUUUUUGGUUAACAAAAGAUGUUUAGCAGAAACGUAUCACGACUGAAAGAAAAAUGAAAUAAAGUCAUAUGGGGACUGGAGAAAAUGAUGACUGAAUAAAGUCGAACUUUUUCUUAAGAGAAAAAGAGAAUUGUGAAAGAUUAAAAGGUGCCUUCUCAUGGCCUUUUAGGGGAAGUUUUGGAAUGUUCUGUAAGUUUUGAAAGGUGGUGGAAGGUUCUCAAGCAUGAACAACAACAGGCUUAUCAGUGAUAAAUAUUGUCACUUAAAAACAUUGUUUGAUGAUUAUUACCCACCAUGCUGUACUAAUGUAACUCACUGAUUUCUGGGUUAAUAGAUUUAAAUUUUCAGAUCACUCUACAACUGUUCAAUAUCAUUCAUUGCGUUCAAAAACUCAAUAUUAAAAGAUAACCAGAAAACCCAAGAAUAAAACUGUAUCUCAAACAGUA